UUUCUUUUAACUUCUUCAGAAUGACGCAGUGUUUAUCGUUUCUAAAACAACAACCUGAUUUCCUUCAGACUGCAGGAUACCAGCAGGACAUACAGGAGCGUAGCAUUGAGACUGCGGUUCAUCAUGACAAUGACACAGAAAUUGACCUCUGAUAUCUUGGCUGUGUGCCUGCUGGUUCUGCUGCUGGUUCUUCUGGUCUUACUGGUUCUCUGGUGGACCCUCAGACGCAGCAGAAACCUCACAGAGCUGAAGAUCUCAGCAGGACCCACUCGCACCCUGACCAUCAGAACUGAGCCGGGCCAUGCCGACCAGCUGCUGGAGCGCCUUCUGGACCGAGUGUUUGUUCAGGUGGAAACUGAGCCUGGGGACAAACCUGAAGCUGAACCAGGAGAGGAAGAUGGAGGACGACGCAGAUCUCAUGCCGGAUCCGACCCGGAGGUAUCAACAGCAGCGGCAACUUCUCUUCCCAGCAGAGAUGUGAACACUUGGCAGGACAAACUGUGGAGAUGGAUCACUAUUACAAAUCCUCCUUCAGACACACCUUCACCUCUACCUACUUCUUCUCCUUCUCCUUCUCCUUCUCCUUCUCCUUCUCCUUCUCCUUCUCCUUCUCCUCCUCCUCCUCCUGCCGAUCAGGAUCAAACCGACGACGUCAACCUUCAGCAGUCAGAUGGAGCCCAGCAGGGCAGCACCCCUCCGUCGUCUCAGGAUUUAUCCGAGGACAAAUAUUAAAGAUCACAACUUAAGAAAUAAAAUAAAGGAAUCAACUUAA